UACCGGCGGCAGCUGCUGCCAGCCCACCACUGAGAUGCUGCCGCCGCGGCACCCAGCCGCUAGGCGGCUUGUCGCCCCUGGCUUUUAAAUAGCAGCUCCCGCCUUCACGAUCGAGCAGCCUUCUCAUUGGCUACUAGAGCUGAGAUUGGCGUCAGAGCCCAGCCUAUCGUUGCUGUCCACGAGCCUCUCCGGCGCCGCAGACGUGGAGCUGAACGGGAAACACCGCCGGAAGAGAGGGCGGGGCUAGGGGAGACGGAUAGGCCGGGAGGCCAAUGAGAAGGGGAGGCCGGGAGCGGAGUAGCCAAUGGUGGUGAGCGGGGGUGAGGCAGGGCGGAGUGCGGAGACGAGCCCGGGUCGGGUGCGAUCAGGAGCCGGCAGCCGAUGAGGCUUCGGGAAGGCCCGGAUGGCGCGGGGUCUGACCCAUGAGAAAGGAGAUGCUCCUUGUGUCCACCCCUGGGACCAGAUGAAUCUCUUGUCGAUGGCUGUAGUGGCGGAUCCUGAGCUGAAAUGGAUGAGUCUGUGGCUCCGUGUCAGAUGGGCAGCAGUGCUAAUGGUCCUGGUGGGCUCUCUGUUGAUGCUGUUGCUCCCACUGGCUGCAGUAGAAGAGCAGUGUCAGGCAGUGCUCAAAGGACUCUCCUUCCUGAAAAAUAAAUUGGGAGUAGGCUAUGUAGGGAUUACCAGGUACACAGGGCAGACAACUGGACUCAGUGUGACUUCAGGUAGAUUAGAGCUGAUGGUGCUGAAAUCCAAAUCCUCCCCAGAAAUCAAAUUAGAAGCCAAAGCAGCUUUGAAUCAAGCCCUUGAAAUGAAACGGCAGGGGAAGCGUGAGAAAGCCCAUAAACUCUUCAUGUACGCCCUCAAGAUGGAUCCAGAUUAUGUGGAUGCUCUGAAUGAGUUUGGCAUCUUUUCUGAAGAGGAGAAAGACAUCAUUCAAGCAGACUACUUGUACUCCAAAGCACUGACCAUUUCUCCUUGUCAUGAAAAAGCUCUGAUCAAUCGGGACCGAACUCUGCCCCUGGUUGAAGAGAUAGACCAGAGAUACUUUAGCAUUAUUGACAGCAAAGUUAAAAAAGUGAUGUCAAUCCCCAAAGGCAAUUCAGCCCUGCGUCGAGUGAUGGAAGAGUCCUAUUACCACCAUAUUUAUCACACAGUUGCCAUUGAAGGGAACACAUUAACACUCUCUGAAAUCCGGCACAUCAUUGAGACCAGAUAUGCUGUUCCUGGGAAAAGUCUGGUGGAGCAGAAUGAAGUCAUUGGUAUGCAUGCUGCUAUGAAAUAUGUAAAUACCACCCUGGUAUCCCGAAUAGGCACUGUAACCACCAGCGACAUUUUGGAGAUACACAGGAGAGUGCUGGGCUAUGUGGACCCGGUGGAAGCUGGGAGGUUUAGGACUACCCAGGUGUUUGUAGGACAUCAUAUCCCACCCCAUCCUCAAGAUGUUGAAAAACAGAUGCAGGAGUUUGUACAGUGGAUCAACUCCGAAGAUGCCAUGAGCUUACACCCUGUGGAAUUUGCUGCCUUAGCCCAUUAUAAACUGGUCUAUAUACACCCAUUUGUAGAUGGCAAUGGAAGGACUUCACGCCUAUUAAUGAAUCUCAUACUAAUGCAGGCAGGCUAUCCACCCAUCACAAUCCGUAAGGAGCAAAGGGCAGAGUAUUAUCAUGUCUUAGAAGCAGCCAAUGAAGGAGAUGUGAGACCUUUCAUACGCUUCAUUGCAAAAUGUACUGAGACCACUUUAGAUAUGCUGCUUAUUGCCACAACAGAAUAUUCAGUUGGUUUACCUGAGGCUGAUGGCAGCACUGCUCGAUACAAGCAAACUAUUCCAGUCAAAACUUGAAUGUUAUGAU